UUUGGGGCCUUUGGGUUUCAAUGUUUCAUCCUCACACAACAUCAGAAGAAAGAUGAAGCCGCCAAACGCAUUCACACAUUUCUUCUCUCUCUUCCUCUGCCAUGGCCGUCUGUUUUGCUCCUUUCUCUCUUUCUGUCUGCAACUCCAGACAUCCAACCGUCAUUGUUCCUGUCGUGGCGCGAAGUUCCCGCGUUCAAGCCCGUUCUUCUUCUUCUUCUUCCACCGGCUCUUCCAAUGGCACACUUCCCCUCGACCGCAGCAACAAAGCCUUCCCUGGAAAGCCUGAGGCAGAUGUGGUUGUAAUUGGAAGCGGGAUAGGAGGAUUGUGUUGCGGCUCGUUGUUGGCUAGGUACAACCAGGAUGUUCUUGUUCUAGAGAGCCAUGAUCUCCCGGGAGGCGCUGCUCAUUCUUUUGAGAUUAAAGGUUACAAGUUCGAUUCCGGCCCUUCUUUGUUUUCUGGGUUACAGUCACGUGGCCUCCAAGCAAACCCCCUUGCUCAAGUUCUGGAUGCUCUAGGGGAAUCACUUCCAUGUACCAAGUAUGAUUCUUGGAAGGUAUACAUACCAGAAGGGGAGUUCUUGUCUCGCAUUGGCCCCACAGAUUUCUUUAAGGAUCUUGAGAAGUACGCUGGCCAGAACGCUGUCGAGGAGUGGAAGAAACUUCUUGGAGCAAUUCUACCCUUGUCCUCCGCUGCAAUGGCUCUUCCACCGUUGUCUAUUCGUGGGGAUCUCGGUGUUCUCUCCACUGCUGCAGCUAGAUACGCUCCUUCCCUCUUGAAAUCUUUCCUCGAGAUGGGACCUCAAGGAGCAUUCGGCGCGACAAAGCUCCUCCGUCCGUUCUCCGAAAUCAUGGAUUCUUUGGAGCUGAGAGACCCGUUUAUACGGAACUGGGUCGAUCUUCUCGCCUUCCUCCUUGCAGGGGUCAAAUCUAAUGGUAUACUCUCAGCAGAGAUGAUAUACAUGUUUGCAGAAUGGUAUAAGCCGGGAUGCACCUUGGAGUACCCCGUCGAUGGCAGUGGUGCAGUGGUUGAUGCCCUUGUUCGAGGCUUGCAGAAGUUCGGGGGACGGAUUUCUCUCGGAAGUCAUGUCCAGAGCAUUGUCAUCGAGAACGGUAGAGCCACCGGAGUAAAGCUAAGGAACGGCCAAUUUGUGAAAGCGAGAAAGGCCGUUGUCAGUAAUGCGUCGAUGUGGGACACGUUGAAACUGUUACCUGCAGAAGCUCUCCCGGAAUCAUACGUUCAGGGCGUCGAAACGACGCCUCAAUGCGAGUCGUUCAUGCAUCUUCACCUGGGAUUCGACGCAGAGGGAAUAGAUGAUGAGUUGGGGAUUCAUCAUAUCGUCGUGAACGACUGGGACCGAGGUGUGGAUGCUGACCAAAACGUGGUUCUGAUAUCGGUCCCAAGUGUCUUAAGCCCGAACCUCGCUCCUCCGGGAAAACACGUCUUGCACGCAUAUACACCUGGAACCGAACCAUUCGGAUUAUGGGAAGGCCUUGACCGGAGAAGCACUGAGUACAAGAACCUCAAAGCUCAACGCUCCGAGGUGGUGUGGAGAGCGGUGGAGAGGGCAUUAGGGCCAGGGUUCAAGAGGGACAAGUGUGAAGUGAGUUUGGUUGGAACGCCGUUGACGCACCAGAGGUUUCUCAGGCGACACAGAGGCUCUUACGGACCCGCGAUUGCGGCCGGGAAAGCUGCGUUUCCGGGUCACUCCUCUCCCAUUCCUCAGCUUUUCUGCUGCGGCGAUUCCACUUUUCCAGGUAUCGGCGUUCCCGCCGUGGCCGCUAGCGGUGCGAUUGUGGCCAACUCCCUUGUUUCCAUUUCUAAGCACACCGAGCUUCUCGAAGCCAUCGGUCUAUAGAAUCACAGUAUAGAUAGACAGAUGUGUAUGGAUCGUUUAUAUUUAACUUGUCCCCUAAAAAUAUCCACAUAGAUAAUCAUGAAGCUGUUUAAUCUACAAUUUUUUAUAA